ACCACUUCCUGCAAGAUGGAUCUUUAUAGGUUCCCCCUUGACACCCAGAGCUGCAGCAUCACCUUUAAGUCCAUGAUACACAGAGCAUCAGAAAUAAAAUUGCGGGCAUUCGCCAGCACCACUGCAGUGAACCACAUAGCUAGGGAGAGCAUGACUACACUGGAUGAAUGGGACUUCCUGGGCAUUGCUAUGACUGAGGAAGAACUAAAUUAUGGUGGUGAUGAAAAAUGGCAUCAGCUAAUAUACAAGAUCACCUUACGAAGGAGGCCACUAUUAUAUAUAAUCAACCUUGUGGUACCAAUCGCCUUUUUUCUUGUGUUGGAUUUGGCCUCCUUUUUCAUCAGUGAGGCCAAAGGGGAAAAGCUAGGCUUCAAAGUGACCAUACUCUUGUCCAUCUCUGUCCUAUUGUUGAUUCUCAAUGACAUCCUGCCCUCCUCAGCAAACAACCUGCCAGUGAUAGCUAUUUACUGCAUCGUAAUCUUUGCCCUUACGGGCCUCAGCCUCCUGGAGACCAUGCUGAUGAGCUUCCUGAUUGAUAUGGACAGCAGGGUUGAUCAGGACGUCCAGACCUCUGCUAAGACCUGUGAAGAGACUCAAGAAGAGACUGAAUGCCGAAGAGAGCCUGAGAGAGAUGCUGAGAGCAGCCUGGAGAAGGUGGACACCUUUAACAAGAAGGACCUCGAUGGAGACUGGCUGAACAACCCCUACCUGCUGCAGCUGAUCCUAAAGGAGGUGCAGAACGUACGGCAGGAAUGGUUCUCUGUUAAUGUGAGAUGUGGCAAGAAGAAGCCUGGGUACUGGGAGAAAGUGGCCAGACGCAUUGACCAGGCUUACUUUUGCCUUUAUCUCAUUACCACCAUUACUUUUCUGAUAUUCAUAAGUUUCAUGUGGCUUCACUAACUAUGCACAGUGCAUUUACAAUAUAUGAGGGUUUUUAGGCUCUUUGGGUUACUUAUAUGCACAAUAUUGGUACUUAAUAGUAAAUAAUACUGGUAAAUUCCAAUAAAUUAUUCUUUAUAAAUAGCUGUUUCCCUGCAAGACCUGUAGACUAAAGCUUUUAAUAUAUUUUGCAUUAACUUCAUUACCUAACCUGACUUAGGUUCACUUGGCUACUGUUUCUGUUGUUAAGGCUAUUGUUCAUGUCUAUGAUUGAGCUAUCUGAAAUUAAAAAAAUACUAUUUGCAACAUU